GGCUUUCAAGACAUUCACACGGCACAAGAAAGAACAAGUACGUGCAGCUGAUAAAAUGAAAUUUCAAGGUUAAGAUAUUAUCCAUCCACUCCAAAUCCUUCACAUCGCCCGUUCCGUCAGAUUGGCCCUGCAAGCCUGCCUAAGCCUGGCAAGCCAAAAGCACAAGUCGAUUCUCAAUCAGUAAGCAGAGAAGCUCUUUUCCGCCUCGUAACUACUCUUGAUGUCUUGGAAAAGCGUUCAAUCCUACAUAACCCCAACCAGUUCCUAACCUUACCCAACCCAUCGGAACAAUAUUCCACGCACACAAAUGAACGUCGUGGCCGAUUAACAAGGAGGGACUUUAGCCCUCAACAGAGUUUACCAGAGAAGAAGUCCCCCCAGAGAACGCUUUCCGCAUUCCAGCAAUUGAUUCUUAAAGACAUCACGCCCCUCUCCCCCCCUCUCUCGAUCGAUACCUCGCGCAGUUCGUAUGCGAAAGGAUUACAUCGUGUGUCGACACCCAAUACAAAUUCGAGUCCGCACGACCAACAGUGAUUCCCCGGACCGACAGAAAGCGAGCAUAAGCACGCAAGAAAGGAAGAAGAAAAAAGUGGCCAAACACCUGAUUAAGCCAAGUGUAAUGUCCCCAUGAGAUCCACCGCAGCUUAACUGAUCCGCUAAAAGAAAAGCUUCCGGCCCCAGACACUUGAUAAUCUACGGUUACGGUUCAACAAGCACAAACUCAAAAUUUAGCACGAGAUAUAUCGCCUUCCCCCCCUCCAUUUCUCCCUUGGUGAUCGACAACACAAACUUUGAAGCAUGAGUGAGUAAUCGAGAACACUUCUUCUAGCUGUAUACCAUGUCGAUCUUUGAUUCCCAUUUCCUUUUCCAUUUCCAUUUUCUUUUCUAUUCUCACGCAAGCGCCCUAUGCGCGUUCGUCAGCUUCGGUUCACCGCGUGUGUUGCAUGACCUAGCCACAUCUCACGUUGCGACUCCAUCAUCUGUCCGACAUAGAGUACUCUCGUGUUGACCAGGGAGCUCACAGCACAUUUCCCCGCGUUACUUGAUGCGUAUGAGAGUCUUGGGUUAUACUGCGGCAUUUCGCAUCAUGUCUAGCUAAUCAUUCAUCUUCACUCACUCACAUUGACUUGCCCUGUCUUUUCUUCUUCAUAUAUAGAAUGCUCCAUCCAGUCUGACCUCGGUCGAUAGUAGAGUGAUUUCGCCACCCUAUGCGCCAGCCUCAGCUCCCCAAAGCUUUCAAGAACCGCCCGACAGAGUAUUGGCAAACCAAGAUACCGUACAUAUUGCGACACUUACUACAAGAUAUCAUGAGAUUAUGACUUCGAUAUUAGCUGCGAAUCCUCUUAAUUUCCCUGCGAAUAAUAUCAUGGCUGAUAAGAAUCGCGGUAGACGUCGAAGCCGUAUAUCAUUGAAAACCACAGAAGAUGAUGGCGAGCUUUCGCAUGAAGAACUUCCAGAGGGUCACACUUCUGGUGACGAUGGCCCCUCGCGAAAGCGAAGGAGAAGUCGCAAAGGUCUAGACAAGAAGUUUGAAUGCUCUACAUCAGGCUGUGGGAAGAGCUAUUCUAGAGCUGAGCAUCUCUACCGCCAUCAAUUAAACCAUACCCCGAAACAGAUAUACAACUGCGACUUUGAGGGGUGCUCGAGAACGUUUGUCAGACAAGAUUUAUGUAAUAGGCAUCGAGACCGGCAUACUGCAAAAGGAUCUCAAUUACAUAGAAAAGAUUCAAUGUUGAGUCAAGGGUCACCAGUAUCGCAGAUCUCACAACCACAGGUACCUCGAGGGUCCGCGUCUCCUGAAGUAACAAGGCCGAGUCUAGUAGGGCCCAAGAUACAAACAACGCAAAUACCUUACCAGUCUCCACAAGAUAUUCGACCAACCUCAUACUCGCCAGUGACUAAAUCAGCACCCGGAACUUAUUCUGGUGCUGGCGCAAUUAAUGGCGCAGAUGGAUAUCCAUCUGCCAAUUACACGCGGUCCGAUUCUGAUAUGAUCCAGAGGGGCCAAAACUCAUCAUCUGCAGGUUCUAAUGGCAGAGGCCAACGACACCAAAGCUUUGGAACACCUGAUACUAGGUCUUCAGAUUUUUCCAGAUCAUUGCAAACUAAUGUUGGUCAUUACGCUAUGCUACCGAACGCCUCAAACAACCAAAACUACCAUAGCAAUCAACCACAUAGCCCGCAUGCAUACAUAAGCCAGCAAAACUUUCCUCCUUUUAGCUUACCACCGCCAGGAUUUGCGAAUGUGACUGCAACCACGAUGCCCUCACGUGAGCCCGAGUCACAAUUUCAAACUCCUGUCUCUACCGAGUAUUCUAACGGCACAAGUCAAGCUCAACAUUCAGGCCCAGACAUGGUGCUUCUAGAUCAGAUGACCACGUCAAACACAAUGCCCGUAUUCGGUGGCGAAGGAUGUUACAAUCGAUCUCCGUUCGCCAUACCCGAAGAUUUUGUAGCAUACCUUUUCAGCAGUCAACAGAACGAAAUGGGUCAGAUGAGUCAACAACCUUACGCAAACUACCCUGACGCUACAGCGCAAUACUACGCACCUUAUUUUACUAACGAUAUUGGCCUCGAGGGGUUUUACCCUCAUAAUUCUCAUCAACCCCAUCAUCCUAUGGCCGUAACUAGUUUGCUUGACACUAGCUUGCCGGAGACAGUAUUGUCAGAAGAAAAGAGCCAAGCCAUUAUUGACUUAAUUAAGGAAAGAUUCAACGAGACUGGAAACGCACCCCUUGUUAAGCAGAAAAAGGAUGCACUUUUUGAUGGGGACCGUAGUAAUGACAGUCAUAUGAUGAGUAGAAAAAUGAUGCAAACGUAUAUUGGUAGUUACUGGUACCAUUUUAGCGAUCAAAUGCCAAUAUUACACAAACCAACCUUUUCUCCAGAUAAUACACCGAAUCUCCUUCUGAUUGCAAUGAUGGCCAUAGGCGCAUCUCUUCUUGACAACACGUACGCUGAAGAUGUGACGCAGGCUGGUGCGGAACUGUCAAAUUUCCUGGCAUGGCACUUGAGAUGGGAGAUAUUCAGUGAUCAGCAAUUUCGCCCUCCAGCCAAGUUGUGGGUAUUCCAGGCUCUUUUGCUAUUAGAAGUGUAUGAAAAAAUGUAUUCUACCAGAGCGCUCCACGAAAGAGCCCACAUUCAUCAUGCAACCACAAUCACAUUGAUGCGUCGGGGUAGCUCGUUAAUAGGCCGCUCUGCUCUGGAUUCUCCCCCAAGUGCGAAGGAACAAGGGCACAAUAAUUCACGUCAAUCGUCAACCCCAGGAGCUAACACGCCUGAUGAGUGGUGGAAUCAUUGGAUCACAAACGAAGCGACAAGACGUGCCGCGUUUGCGGCCUUUGUUAUUGACUCUACGCACGCAACGAUGUUCGGACAUUCUACAGUCAUGGUCGCUCACGAGAUGCGUCUUCCUUUACCAUGCGAUGAAGCCAUGUGGAAUGCCACAAGUAGUGCUGAAGUUGGCAGAUUGGAGUCAACCCUCCAAGCCAAUGGAGUAAAGCCUAUAUCGUUUUUGGAAGGUCUUAAACGAACCCUUAAUGCUCAAACGGUGCGAACAAACUCAUUUGGUCGUACGAUAUUGAUGGCAGGACUCUUGAGCGUUAGCUGGCAUAUGCAUCAGCGUGAUCUGCAGGUGAACUCAUUGGGUGUAUCACAGGCGUUGGGUGGCCGGGACAAAUGGAGAGGAUCCUUGACUCGAGCAUUUGACCUUUGGAAACGAGAUUUCGACAUAUCUUUGCUGCAACAAUCUGAAACGAUGACAGGACCAUAUGCAUACACCGGCAAGGAAAACAAUGUUGUCUAUCAAUCCAGGACAGUGCUUCAUCACCUAGCACACAUGGCAAUGCAUGUUGAUGUUGUCGACUGUCAAAUAUUUGCAAGAGCAAAACGUCUUCUUGGUCGCACGAUUGGAUCCCAGGACUUGAAUAGUGCUCAGAAAAGAAUGAAAGAAACUUGGGCACCCACCGCUAGAGCUAGGGAUGCGACAUUUUAUGCAAUCAAAUUUCUUUGCACAGUUCUUCUCCCCAAAGAGCCUACCUCAGCCUCCCACGGCUUUGAUCAUGCACAACCAGAUCCACCAUUUGAUUAUUCGGCCCGCGACGAUAUUCUACUAAACAGACCGUGGGUUAUGUAUUUCGCUGCUCUGAUUGUAUGGUGCUACGGAUAUGCACUCGAAGGACAUACCACUGCCCCAGUACCUUCUCCAGACUCAAUGGACGACCAAGUUCGGGACAUGCGGGCCUAUUUACGAAGAUUUGGCUCGGUGGAUAAUCCUGAGGAACUGAAAAAGUUGACUGGUCUUAAUGGAUGUUCUGGGAUGCUGAUGGUUUUGAAAAGCGUUUUUGAAAAAACGAGGUGGCAAUUGUUGCAUGAAGCUGCUUUAUUGUUAACCAAUUGUAUUAAUCUUUUGGGUCGACCUACACCAAUACCUUCGCGUGACUUGUGAGGAUGGAAAUGGCGGGGUGAGAGGGGUGAACAAUGUUUCCCGGAUGGAGGUAGUUGGCUCUAUGAUUGUAUAAUAUUUUUAACGAGGUUUGGAAAGGGGGAGGCAUUAUUGAUAUAAUCUGGAACAGAAAUAUUCUGGAAAUGAUAUGGAAGGAUUUUUUCUUGGCUUUCAUGAAAUUUUAGGAGACUUGAAGGCAUUGGGAAUCUGCGGAUACCCAAUAAGAGGAAAUAUGGAUAUGGAAGGGAUGUGAUUGAUGGCUGAGUGGCUGGGUUAGGGAGUUGUUGAUAUAGGUACCAAUAUCAUUAUAUCAUAUAUCCCCACUGGGAUGUCGAAUCGUUUCUUUUGGGGUUGAAGAUAAGGUGCCUGUCAAUUGAUACUUUUAGUUGUUGAUCAUUAAUCUAUUGACAAGGAGAGCUUAUAUAUUGUCCAGGGUCUUCCACCUGAGGUGGGCUGAGAACAUAACAAGGAAGCUACGUAGUCCCUCUUCUCUUCUGCACAUGAUCUCGAAAAUGGCCACCGUGUGAUAUUAAGUGAACA